GUGACGCUGGUGGAGAAAUCUGCAAAUGUCGUUCGAGAGGCAUUCAUUAAGUGCCUAACGGACAGAAGUGGCACGCCAGGUAUCCACGGAAAGCCCGAAGGGAAGAGGAUAGGGAUCUAUUUGAUGGCAAACCUUUGCCUCAAACUGCUUUUCCAAUGCGGCAAACUCCGAAACGCAGAGCAAAUGUUUGCGAGUAUCAGCGCACAAUCCGCUCCUCUGAAACAUUUUCCAGCUUCGCAGCGCGUCACCUAUCUAUACUACCUCGGACGUUAUCUGUUCUCCAACAACCUCUUUUAUCCCGCCCAGGUCGCCCUGCAAGCUUCUUACGAUCAAUGCCACCGCCAGGCGACGAAUCAAAAACGAGUCAUCCUGACCUACCUCAUCCCUUGUAACAUCAUACUAGGGCGCUUCCCCUCAUUACAGUUAUUGCAACGUCCUGAGGCCGAAGGGCUAGUAGACAAAUUCGUUCCGAUUUGUCGGUUGAUAGCUCGGGGCGAUUAUAUUGCGUUCCGCGAGCACCUUGCAAUUGGCUCCCCCGAAACAGAAUGGUUCGCUCGGAAAGGCAUCCUUCUUGCCCUACGCAAUCGGUGCGAGAUUCUUGUUUGGCGGUCACUUGCACGAAAGGUCUUCAUCCAUGCCGGUUUCCACGGCGAUCCUUCACUUGGCCCUUCUCAACGUGGACCGCCACCGUACCUCUAUCUGAACAAGCUGGACGCAGCGGUCCGGUGGAUUCAAUCUCAGCAUGCGCAUUCGGCCCAAAGCUCGGUUGGAAUCUUCGCCUCCAAGCCCGAGCCGGAUUCCCAGGCGGGCCAAAAUCAGGUUGGGUCCCAGAUCGUACACAAAGCUACAGAUCGGGAUUUCGAGGGGCUCGGCGAGCUGGACGCACAAGAGGCGGUCGCAAGCCCAGGGCUUAUUGAGAAAUACGGAGACUAUUUGGCACCGGACGGAUAUUUCGAUGCGCAAGGACAGUGGCAGCUGAAUCCACCGGGCAGACUUGUUGAUGGCCAGCCCUCUGUGGAUUACCAGCAAUAUGAGCUUGACCCGUACGCGAGUCCAGCCGACAGCGAGCAAGACUCGGGCAAACCUACUCUUAUGAUGCGCGAGCUCGAGUCCAUCCUGGCGUCCCUCCUCACACAGGGUCUGAUGCGUGGAUUCCUGACUCAUAAGAAUCCUCGUCUGGCGAUCCCUGGCGCGCGUCUCCGUGGUGCCGUGCCGACUGGCUUUCCCAAUGUCUGGCAGACAAUCCUAGCUCGGGAACAAGAAGAUGACAACGUUCCUGGAUGGGUCCAGCCACCAGCGGUGGCAGCACCUCCGACAGCCGGAGGUGGACGCGUGGUCAAUCUGUCCGGGGCGAGACCUGUCGGAGUACAGUGACGACAUUAGCUAUCCAUGUGGAGGCACAACCCAAUGAAGGAUCUCUUGUAAAUAGCAACGAAUGCCAUGACACGAACACAAAAUAACUAUGUGAAUGAAAAGCCAACAUCUGGUACCUGAUGUGCCUUGGACGAUGAAGCAUCCGCAUCAA